AUGGCGUUGCCUCUGCAUCAUGGCGUUGCCUCUGCAUCAUGGCAUUGCCUCUGCAUCAUGGCGUUGUCUCUGCAUCAUGGCGUUGCCUCUGCAUCAUGGCGUUGCCUCUGCAUCAUGGCGUUGCCUCUGCAUCAUGGCGUUGCCUCUGCAUCAUGGCGUUGCCUCUGCAUCAUGGCGUUGCCUCUGCAUCAUGGCGUUGCCUCUGCAUCAUGGCAUUGCCUCUGUGAAUCUGUGGUGGUGACGCUCCCCACAGCAGCCCUGGCGGCCAGCUAUCCUGUGGGAGCAGGCACGAGACUGAGAGAGCUCUUCUCUCAACACGACUCCAUGCGCGAGGCGGGUGAGGGUGGGGCGAUGCAGGAGCACAUCGCCCAUCUGGUGGAGGAGGCAGGAGAUGCCAUGUGCAGCAGCGGGCAGUGGGGGGAGGGUGUAGCGGGGGGGUAUGGGAGUGGAGGGGAGGACGAGGAAGGAGGCACCGUGGUGGAGGGGGAGGAGAGUGAGAAUGCAGGGAAGGCGAAGCAGAGCUGCAAUGCUGCGCUGCUGAGCUGCAAUGCUGCAGAUGCAGAGACGAGCAAGCUGCAGGUUCAAACUAUUACCAUUCCUUUGCUCUUCUGCAGCACCCCCCCCCCCCCCUCCCAGGCCAUGCUGCGAGCAGUGAAAGCCGAGAAGCUCAAAGUGCGGCUCAAGCCCCACCCCUGGCCGCUCCCCACCUCGCCCUCUCUCCUCGCCCCUGCCCCCUCCCCUUCCACCACCACCACCACCACCACCACCACCACCACCACCACCACCACCACCACCACCACCACCACCACCACCACCACCACCACCACCACCACCACCGCCACCGCCACCGCCACCGCCACCGCCACCGCCACCGCCACCGCCACCGCCACCGCCACCGCCACCGCCACCGCCACCGCCACCGCCACCGCCACCGCCACCGCCACCGCCACCGCCACCGCCACCGCCACCGCCACCGCCACCGCCACCGCCACCGCCACCGCCACCGCCACCGCCACCGCCACCGCCACCGCCACCGCCACCGCCACCGCCACCGCCACCUCCACGGCCACCUCCACGGCCACCGCCACCGCCACCGCCACCGCCACCGCCACCGCCACCGCCACCGCCACCGCCACCGCCUCCGCCACCGCCACCGCCACCGCCACCGCCACCGCCACCUCCACCGCCACCUCCACCGCCACCGCCACCGCCACCGCCACCGCCACCGCCACCGCCACCGCCACCUCCACCGCCACCUCCACUGCCACCGCCACCGCCACCGCCACCGCCACCGCCUCCUCCACCUCCUCCGCCUCCUCCGCCUCCUCGUCUUCCUCCACCACUUCUUCCUCCUCGCCCUCACCACACCAGCCGACGUUCCUCAUUCGCAACGGGCUCGGCACGCUGCUGAAGAAGGGGCGCGAUGAGUACAUGGCGUAUGCUGCCAGGUUGCUCAAGGUGUGGGGCACGUCACCAGCUGCCACUCGAGAAUUGUUGUUGCUCAAGGUUGCUCAGGGUGUGGGGCACAUCACCAGCUGCGACUCACGAGAUGACCGCACUCUGCCAAGCAUGGUGCGUGCCGUGCCGCAUGCUCCAUCCUGCCCCUUCUUGCCCAAGUGUCUCUCUUCCGCGCUGUACCGUCUUCUUGUUCCCGACUCUCCUUGCCAUCUCACUCAACCCUUCCGCGCCUUACUAAGCCCUGUGAUCUGGGCAUGCGGAGGCAGGAUCUGUGAUCUGUCUGUCUUCCCGCCUGCCUCCCCGGCCCUCUCUCCUUUCAAUCUCUCCUGCCUCACACCAGCGCUCCUUCAACUGGCUCCGCUUCCCUCGUCCUCCCGGUCCCGCAAGGCCAUCUCAUCCAAUCCUACCUCCACUAUGCCGUACCUUUCCUUGCUGCCCACCCACCUCCCUUCCACCCCUCUUUCUCUGGCGGUUUAUGUGUUGGGCCCCCCUGCCUCCCCCCGCCCGCCCAAAUCCGUUUCAUCCAACUCGUACCUCGAUUAUGCCGAGCCCUUUCUUGCUGCCUAUGCCAAGAGAGGAGCAGCACAGGCCAAGGCAGUGGGGGCCGCAUGGGAGGGGGGAGCAGCGGAGGGGGAUGAGGAGAGGAGAGGGGUGGGGAGGUCCCCUGUGUCUGGAGCAGAGGCAGGGGCGGCAGAGGAGGAGGAGGGGUGGCAGGAGGUGACGAGAGGGAAGGGCAAGGGGAAGAAGGGCGGGAGAGGUGGCGGGGAGAGAGGAAGGGGGCCGGGAGGGGGAGGUGGAGGAGAAGAGGGCGGAAGGAGAGGGGAGAGAGCGACAGGGGGUAGGGGAGGAAGCAGGGAGGAAGGGGAGGGAAGAGGGGAGGUGCAGGAGGGUGGAGGGCCGUUGGGCGAUGGGAGGGAAUGCGUGCAUAUAAUGGGUGACAAAACGAUCGGUGCGUGCAUUGUUGCAUGGCAGGUACUGGAAGGUGUUGGGGGCGCGCAUGAGGAAGGAGAGGGGGCGAGUGUGAACGUGCUGGCGGAUAAGAACGCCCCCAACGAGGACGUGUGGGACCAGGUAGGUGAGCCCUGGCAGUUCAACACCAUAAGAACGCCCCCAACGAGGACGUGUGGGACCAGGUAUGUGCCCUCAUGUGCUCUCAUCCUCACAUGCCCAGUUCAACACCAUAAGAACGCCCCCAACGAGGACGUGUGGGACCAGGUAGGUGAGCCCUGGCAGUUCAACACCAUAAGAACGCCCCCAACGAGGACGUGUGGGACCAGGUAUGUGCCCUCAUGUGCUCUCAUCCUCACAUGCCCAGUUCAACACCAUAAGAACGCCCCCAACGAGGACGUGUGGGACCAGGUAUGUGCUCUCAUCCUCACAUGCCCAUGUGCACUUGCUUACUCUGCCCACAUGUUUUCAUGCUCAUGUGCUCAUCCUAUAGAAGCCAUCUGCCAGAUAGACGCAGGGCUGAUAGGCGUGCCUGUUGUGCCUGUCUCGCUAGGUACGCUCUCACCAGCUCCGGGGCAAGUGGUGCUUAACUUUCAUUCACUCUACGGCAGACAUGUGCGUCCCAACCCACCCUGCCCCGUGUGCUGCCUCCUUUCCCUUGCCAUGCUAUGUCCUGGGAGCAUCAACCGGGAGGAUUUUGAGGCGGAGCUGAAGCAGCGGUUUGGCGUGAUUGUGACCAUGCCAUGCCCCACGAGCUUAGCACUCCCGCCACUACCAGAAGAAAUAGCUGGUGUCAUCAAGUCAGGGCACAAGCUGCGGGAGAAGAUAUGGAAGCGACACAAAAGCUUGCUCUUGGUCUUGCUUUCACACUACCGGUCCUCCCAACCCCUCCACUUGUCGUGCCUCACUUGUUUCGCCCCACAAUCCUUACUCUCCUCUCCCUCAUCCCCCUCACCCCUCUCAUCCCUCACAUCUCUACCCCUCGCAUCCUCACCCGUCCCCCAUGGCUUGCUGCAGCAAGAAGCCUCUGAAAACGCCAAUGGCAGACGAGGUGUUGGAGUGGGAGGGGGAGUUGAGAGCGGUGCUGCACAAGCAUGCCCCCUACCUCACAUCCAUCCAAGUCCCUUUGGAACAAGUGGCCGCUACAGUCCAAAACCAGCUACACCAGAUCGCUACAGGAAAAAUCCGCCAGUGGUCGCUGCCAAGACGAGCUUCCGCAGCAUCCAACUGGCAGCGGUGGUGAUUGAUCCCGCUGCUGACGUGGCGCCGGGCGGCGCUGACGUGGCGCCGGGCGGCGCUGACGUGGCAACGAGCGGCAGUGGUGCUGCUGCUGCUGGUGCUGCUGGUUCUGCUGAUGCUGGUGCUACUCCUGGUGCUGCUGCUGGUGCUGCUGGUUGCACGAGCAGGGGGUUGGGGUGGCUGCAUGUGACUCUGGCACACAAGAAGGAGCAUGGUGUCCCAGCAGUGGUGAGCUAUGCUCCCAUGGAGGGGCGUGCAGUGACAGUGCUGGCAACGGCGCUGCUGUUUGAUCGCCACGUGGCUGCACUCCAAGUGGAGCUCAGGGGAGGGGCGGAUGGGGAGCCAGGGCGCUCGCACAAUCCAGUACUUGGGGUGUAUGAGUAUGUGAUGGUGCUGGCAACGGCUCUGCUGUUUGAUCACCACGUGGCUGCUCUCGCCGUGGAGUUGAGGGGAGGGGUUGAGGGGGAGGCAGUUCGCUCGCUCAAUCCAUGUGCGCAUAUCACUCUAUGGCAAGCGGAGGGGGCAAAGGCCGUGCAAUCGUUGGACCUGCCGAGUGCGCUGGAGCGUGGGGAGGCUACUCGUGUGCCCUUUUCUCAGCCGAUAAAGCUGAUGGGAACAGUGAAAUUGAUAUGA